UGUGAUAAAAAUCAUGAUGCUCGGUACUAACAAGGAUAUGACUUGUUUUCCGCAGGAAAAUUAUGGCUAUGUUGGUGCGGUUGGUUAGAGGGGAGUGGAGAAAAGACGACGAAGGCCGUUACGAACAUGUAUCCGCUUUGGAAGGUUUUACGAUGGCAGUUCGGCUGAGGGAGACAGAUGGAUAUAAUAAAGUUGUUACUGCGGUAAAGGAAAGAUUGGCGCUUCGCGAGACAGACGACAUCGAGCUGAGUUAUCAGUGGCCGCAGUGGAUGAUGGGUCCCGAGUGGAAACGAGCAGACCCAAUAUACAUACUUAAUGAUGAAGAUAUGACGUUGUUCAUGGCGAUAAGGGCUGAUCUUGAAGAGCCGAAGAAGAGCUUGCCGAAGCAUUCACCCAAAUGAGUCUUGAACGAACUACUCCCCAAGGUAUGAAAUCUUCUAUGACAGGUCCAGAAG